CGGUGGCAGCAGGAAUCGGCGACUCGUCAGCGGCGGCAGUGCGUUCCUGCAUGAUGAGCGUGAGGGCCGCGUCCGCGCCAUGUGAAAGUGUUGAGUGACCAUGAGGCAGGGCUGGCAGGAGACGCUCCUGCGGGGGCUACUCCUGCUCCUGCUACUCCUCGGAUCCCGGAGCUCCGUCGCGUCGGAUUCCGGUAACAAGGAUAAGAACCUUUUUGGAGAUAAAUGCACGGUGGACGGCGACUGCGAGUUCGUGGGAGCAGUAUGCGAAGUUCACGGAAACGGAAACGGCAAAUGUCAGUGCGGCCCGGACGUUCCAGUUACCAACCACAUUGACAAGUGUGGCGAAGCCGUUGCGGUAAAUAAGUCCUGUUUUUUCAAUGAGCAAUGCGAGGCUCAAACUCCCGAGACGGAAUGCAAGGACGAUAUCUGCAAAUGCCGGUUCGAAAAGGAACCAAGUACCAAGCCAGACGGGUCGGUGGAAUGCAUCGUCGUCCAAAAUGCCUACUACCCGAAAAAGUACGUCGAUCCGGCAAUGAUUGGGAUCUUGGUCGCUAUGUUUCUCAUGUUUAUUACAAUUUGUGUCGUUUUGCGAUUGUUCAGCAGGGCACGUUGGAGGGAGAACCGAACCAUAUUUAACACGCCCAACCCGCGCUUGAUGAACGUCUCUCUGCUUCGUGAAAACAAGCUUUUACACACGGACCGGCGAGGGUCUCGGAGCAGUGCCAGGGGCCCCAGCAGGCAGCCAAGUAUGGCAUCUCUAAGAGCUCACUCCCCAAACUCUCAAGGGCGUUUGUUUCUAGGAUCUCGUCGCGGAUCCCGAGGCAGCAGCAACGCGUCAGCGACUUCGAACCGAUCGAACAAGAGUCCGCCCCAAGCGGCCAAUUUGAGUUCGGCGACGACGCCCAUGCUGGAGAGCGUCACCGUCGAGGUGCAAGAGCCCAAAGCGUAAUCAGCUUCGCAAUGUUCGCUCUUUAAGAAUCUACAAUCUCUUUACUUACUUCGGUAGUAAUAGUGAUGUUAGGGACCAGGAAAGGUUAAAUUUGUCCAUUCAUCACGUUCAAUUCAUUAGUCAGGUUAUUUAUUGUAAGAUAUUAUUCUGUAAAGGUUUCUUUCAAGCACGGGUUUCUCAAACGUUCAAGCACUUAUAGAGUUAUUUAGAGAGAUAUUAGGAGUUAAGGUUGAUGAUAUAUCUAAAACUUAUCUGCUUUACUUAAUUUAUUUCACUAAAUUAAGUUUGGUGGUACAAAAAAUACUGGGAAUAUUUUGUGAUACUACCAAAAUCAAGCUGUGAUUGUAUGUUGGUAGCUUUUAGGCACUGCGGGUGACAAAAAGUACUGGGAAAACUUUUUGCCAUUUGCAGACUUACACUGUCAUCGAAUUAGGUUUUAUUCAACAUUCUUGUACAGUUCGAAAGCAGACAUACAGUACAGUUCAUGCUCAUUGAGAAUAUAUACCUCUCGUAGGUUCUUCUUCAAAAACAAAUAGAAAUUUUAUUAUUUUAGGAGAAUGUAGAUUUAGGUUCCAAUCUAGAUGUGAGAAGCUACUCGGUUGUAAUCGUAGACUAAGAUUUAUUCAUUGAUGAUAUAUUGAUAUUACACACGAGCUUAGCUCUGCUUGCUUUAAAAUAUAAUACGAGUUGAAUUAUUAUAAAACUAAUGUAUAUUAAAGCAUUUUUAUCAAUCUAUUAUAAGCUUAUAUCUUUAUACUCUUGUACUGUAUACUGUAUUUUCACGACUAUAUCCUAUAUACUUGCCAAUACUUUUAAUAAAACGCUAUUAAAGACAAAA